AUAGCAAGAUCUGUGUGUAUUUGGAGUUAUCUUUUUGGGAUUUCUACUGCAUUUUUUUGGUUUGUUUCUGCUUGUUUCUUUUCUGUUUUUUAAGCAGGAAUUAGCUUUCUUUCUGCUUUAACAUUAUAAAAUUUCUGAACUUUCAACUGAGGUUUCAUGGAGACUGAACAAGAUCUGUGUAAUUGGAGUUCUCUCUUUGUUAUUUUUACUGCAUUUUAGCUUAUUUUGGUUGGGGUUUUCUUGAGCUUUUGCUUCUUCAUUCUUGAGAACUAAAAAAUGGAAAAAAGAAAGGUUUUUUUGCUUACCCUUUUGAUUAAUCUUGCAUAAUCUUAACUCUUAGCAACAAAAAAAAAAGGAAAAAGAAAGGAUUUUUUGCUUGCCUUUUUGAUUAAUCUUGCAUAAUCUUCACUCUUAGCAACAAAUAAAUGGAAAAAAGAAAGGAUUUUUUGCUUACCCUUUUGAUUAAUCUUGCAUAAUCUUCACUCUUAGCAACAAAAAAAUGGAAAAAAGAAAGGAUUUUUUGCUUACCCUUUUGAUUAAUCUUGCAUAAUCUACACUCUUAGCAACAAAUAAAUGGAAAAAAGAAAGGAUUUUUUGCUUACCCUUUUGAUUAAUCUUGCAUAAUCUUCACUCUUAGCAACAAAAAAAUGGAAAAAAGAAAGGAUUUUUUGCUUACCCUUUUGAUUAAUCUUGCAUAAUCUUAACUCUUAGCAACAAAAAGAAAAGGAAAAGGGAAGGAUUUUUUGUUUACCCUUUUGAUUAAUCUUGCAUAAUUUUAAUAAUUAGUUCAUAUACACGAAUUAUUGAGUAGUCAAAUGAAAUUGGGGUCCUAAUCAAACUAAUGGGCAUGGAAGGUUCUUGUAGUUAUAACUUAUAGUCGGUCGAGGGUCUAUCGGAAACAAAGUCUCUUAUAUUCACAAGUUUCCUUCAACUCCAGAGAUAAUGAAUCGUUGGGUUGGGUCAAUAUUUCUAUGCAUUAUCAGCACAUUGCUUCUGACGAGCUGGUUGGUGGCGGCGGAGGGGGAGACAUGCUCGGGGAUAGUACCAAUGCAAUAUCGAAAUGAUAAGAUAUCGAUAUUGGACUUUGGAGGUGUAGGUGAUGGGCGGACAUUGAAUACAAAAGCGUUUAAAGAAGCAAUCUUUAGAAUUCAACACUUGAAGAGGAAGGGUGGAACUUUGCUUUACAUACCUGCUGGUGUAUAUUUGACUGGCCCAUUUGAUCUUACUAGUCGAAUGACUCUUUAUUUGGCCCGCGGUGCUGUUAUCAAAGCCACUCAGGAUCCCAGUCAAUGGCCAUUAGUUGAUCCAUUGCCUUCAUAUGGGAGAGGAAGAGAGCGACCUGGUGCAAGGUAUAUGAGCUUACUCCAUGGAGACGGGCUCCAUGAUGUGAUAAUCACAGGUGAGAAUGGUACUAUUGAUGGCCAGGGUGAUGUUUGGUGGAAUAUGUGGAGGCAAAGAACUCUUCAGUUUACACGACCUCAUCUCGUUGAACUAAUGAACUCCAGAGGCAUACUCAUUUCUAAUGUCAUUUUCAAGAACUCUCCCUUUUGGAAUAUCCACCCUGUUUAUUGCAGCAAUGUUGUUAUUCGAUAUGUCACCAUAUUGGCUCCAGCUGAUUCACCAAAUACCGAUGGAAUUGAUCCAGACUCAAGCUCCAAUGUCUGCAUUGAAGAUUCCUAUAUUUCAGUAGGGGAUGAUCUAGUAGCUGUAAAGAGUGGCUGGGAUCAAUAUGGAAUUGCUUAUGGUCGCCCUAGUCAUGGCAUAACCAUCCGAAGGAUAACUGGAUCUUCUCCAUUUGCUGGAAUUGCAGUUGGAAGUGAAACCUCUGGUGGCGUAGUGGACGUUUUAGCUGAGCAUAUUAGUCUUUUCAAUAUGGGAGUUGGUAUUCACAUUAAGACAAACGUUGGCCGAGGAGGGAUGAUCAGAAACAUUACGGUCUCAAAUGUCUACAUGGAAAAUGCACGGACAGGGAUUAAGAUUGCAGGUGAUGUUGGGGAUCAUCCAGAUGAAAAUUUCAAUCCAAAUGCUCUUCCAGUUGUUAAGGGUAUCAAGAUUAAGGAUGUUUGGGGUGAAAAGGUUUUGCAGGCUGGUUUGAUUCACGGUUUGAAGAAUUCCCCUUUCUCUGGGAUUUGUCUCUCCAAUAUCAACCUUCGUGGUAACCCCGGCCCACGAAAUUCCAUUUGGAAAUGCUCAGAUGUUAGCGGAGCUGCCAUUCAAGUCAGCCCUUUUCCUUGUGCAGAACUCACCAGCAGCCAAAAAACUGGCCUCCAGGAAAUACAUGUGCAAAGUCAUCAUCAUCAUCUUCAGAAGGUAUCAUAUCAUUACCAUAAGGGAUCUGAUCAUCAAGGUGUCUUGACUGUGUUCUUGGCUUCAGGUUGUCUGCAUGAUGGAAAUGAUGGUGGUCGCAUAAUCGCGAAGGACGCCUAGAUCUAUCCGGAAAGUGGCGGUUGAUUGAAUGAAGCCGAACAAGCGUCAAAGGUAAUACCUUAUUCUUUUUGUCCCUAGAUUCAGGAAUGUGAUCUUCAUUGUCUUGAACAUGUUGAGUUUCUUUGUCAAUCUGGUUUGUGGUCGGGGUGGCAUCGAAUUCUGGAAGUUUGAUGUUAAUGAUAUCGUUUUCUUGUUGCGUUACUGGUGUUCGAGCAAAUGAAAAGGCGAAAAAAAGGAAGAAAAUAGCAAUGGAGAGUUUGUCCAUUGUGUAAAUUUGGUUUAAUAGAACAAAGUCUAUUUCUCUGAAGACAAAAGAAUGAUGUUUAUGGAUAUAUAUAUAUAUAGAAGGAUUAAUUA